UUCUUCUUCUACACUUUGAAAAGUAAACAUUUGUCUGACGAUGAUUUGGUCCAAUUGAGCUACAGCUGCCAGCCCCACCUGCAUCUGUUGAGGGAACAUUGGGGCAGGGAUUAUAAUCGGAGGAUUACGUGCUACAGUGAAACUGUUAUCCUCCAUAGAGGCUCAGGUAAUCCAAUCACUGGUAACCCUCCAGCAGCUCGCAGCUCCGACAACUCAUUUCCUCUCGAAUCGCCGCGGAGUGAGGGCAGAAAGACGGCGCCAUGAGGCCCCAGAGAAGAGCCAGGUGACAGAAUGCCGUUCAUUAUAAGGGGAAGACCCCUGCGGGGGGCACAGUAUGCCAGCAACAGAAAGACCACUCCCACCACUGACGCCUCAGCUCUCUGGUCAGAAACCCAAACCCGUCUGCACCAGCUCCAUCCAACAGAGUCCCUGCAGCCCCCGCCCAGCACCGGCAAACCCGUCGGCUCCCCCUCUGGCCUCCUCGGGGCCAACAGUGGCGUGCAGGGCCCUGGUGGCACCGGUACUGGUGUCGCCCCGGUUCUCGCUUGGCAUGCUGCCAUUAGCGCUGCCCGCCAGGCACAGGGCGAUGGCGCGAAGCCCGACAUGACUUCACCCCCACCGGUUUGCACCACUGGGGCACCUCCUGCGGGUUCACUGGCGCAGAGGAAGAGGCAGCAGUACGCCAAAAGCAAAAAGCAGGGAGGAUCCACCAACAGCAGGCCACCCAGAGCUCUGUUCUGCCUCACCCUCAACAACCCGAUCCGCAGGGCCUGCAUCAGCCUGGUGGAGUGGAAACCAUUUGAUAUCUUUAUACUGCUGUCUAUUUUUGCCAACUGUGUGGCCUUAGCCAUCUACAUCCCCUUCCCCGGAGACGACUCCAACUCGACCAACCAAGAACUGGAAACAGUAGAAUAUGCCUUCCUGAUCAUUUUCACGAUAGAGACAUUUAUGAAGAUUAUUGCUUACGGCCUGGUCAUGCACCAAAACUCCUACGUCAGGAAUGGCUGGAACAUGCUGGACUUUGUCAUCGUCAUAGUGGGGUUGUUCAGUGUGGUUCUGGAGAUGAUAACCAAAGACGCUGACUCUGGCAGCCAGUCUGGAGGCAAACCCGGGGGGUUUGAUGUCAAGGCCCUCCGAGCCUUUCGCGUGCUACGACCCCUUCGCCUUGUCUCUGGAGUCCCCAGUUUACAGGUGGUUUUAAACUCCAUCAUUAAAGCCAUGGUUCCCCUGCUUCACAUCGCUCUGCUGGUACUCUUCGUCAUUAUCAUCUACGCCAUCAUCGGCUUGGAGCUCUUCAUCGGCAAAAUGCAUGCCACAUGCUAUGUGAUACAAACAGGUGCCCUUGCAGAAGAAGAGCCGAGGCCGUGUGCGGUAUCAGGGCACGGCCGCCACUGCCUGAUCAAUGAUACAGUUUGCAAAGAGGGCUGGCAGGGACCCAACAACGGCAUCACCAACUUCGACAACUUUUUGUUUGCCAUGCUCACUGUGUUCCAGUGCAUCACCAUGGAGGGCUGGACCGACGUUCUCUACUGGAUGAAUGAUGCAAUGGGCUUUGAGCUGCCAUGGGUCUACUUUGUCAGUCUGGUCAUCUUCGGAUCCUUCUUCGUUCUCAACUUGGUUUUGGGUGUGUUGAGCGGAGAAUUUUCCAAAGAGCGAGAGAAGGCCAAGGCUCGUGGAGAUUUCCAGAAGCUACGUGAGAAACAGCAGUUGGAGGAAGACCUGAAGGGCUACCUGGACUGGAUCACCCAGGCCGAGGACAUUGACCCUGAGAACGAGGAGGAGGGAGAUGAGGAGGGCAAGCGUAACCGGGUCACGCUGGCUGACCUCACUGAGAAGAAGAAAGGGAAGUUUGGCUGGUUCACCCAGUCCACAGAGACACAGGCGAGCAUACCCACGAGUGAGACCGAGUCAGUGAACACAGACAAUCACACUGGAGUGGAGGACAAAUCACCCUGCUGUGGACCCCUGUGUCAAAAAAUUACUAAGUCAAAGUGCAGUCGUCAGUGGCGGCGCUGGAACCGUUUCUGUCGGAGGAAGUGUCGUGCAGCCGUGAAAUCAGUGACGUUUUACUGGCUGGUCAUCAUCUUGGUGUUCCUCAACACACUCACCAUCGCCUCUGAGCACUACAACCAGCCAGACUGGCUGACUGAAGUACAGGAUGCAGCCAACAAGGUUCUGCUGGCGAUGUUCACCUUGGAGAUGCUUGUGAAGAUGUACAGUUUGGGGCUGCAGGCCUACUUUGUGUCUCUGUUUAAUCGCUUUGACUGCUUCGUGGUGUGUGGAGGCAUCAUAGAGACCAUCCUGGUGGAGCUGGCCAUCAUGUCUCCGCUGGGCAUCUCUGUGUUCCGCUGCGUACGACUCCUUAGGAUCUUCAAGGUCACACGUCAUUGGGCGUCUCUUAGUAACCUGGUGGCCUCUCUGCUCAACUCCAUGAAGUCCAUCGCCUCCCUGUUGCUGCUGCUCUUCCUCUUCAUCAUUAUCUUCUCCCUGCUGGGCAUGCAGCUUUUUGGGGGCAAGUUUAACUUUGACGAGACUGUGACCAAAAGGAGCACGUUUGACAACUUCCCUCAGGCCCUGCUCACUGUGUUCCAGAUCUUGACAGGAGAGGACUGGAAUACGGUGAUGUAUGACGGCAUCAUGGCGUACGGCGGUCCGGCCUCCUCUGGAAUGGUGGUCUGCAUUUACUUCAUCAUCCUCUUCAUCUGUGGAAACUACAUCCUACUAAACGUCUUCUUGGCCAUCGCUGUGGACAACCUGGCAGACGCUGAGAGCCUCAACACAGCACAGAAGGAAGAGGAAGAGGCCAAGAAGAGGAAGAAUAGUGCCAAGGAUGCCGGCACAGAAAAGAGAGUUGAAAUAAUGGAGAACAAGGACGGAGAGACCAAGGUGCCAACAGAAGCCUUGCUGGAGGAAGACAAAGAGUUGUACCCUGCACUCGACUCUCCAGUGUGUGAUGAUGAAGACAAUAACGAAGACCUCCCAGAAGUCCCGUCGGGACCCCGUCCUCAGAGGCUGUCUGAACUCACCAUCAAAGAGAAGAUUCAGCCCAUCCCAGUGGGCAGCGCCUUCUUCAUCUUCAGCAGCACCAACCCGAUUCGUGUAUUCUGCCAUAAGCUGAUCAACCACCAGAUCUUCACCAACCUCAUCCUGGUCUUCAUCAUGCUCAGCUCCGUCUCUCUGGCCGCUGAGGACCCAAUACGUAACUUCUCUGCUCGCAAUAUCAUACUUGGUUAUUUUGACUAUGCUUUCACCGCAAUCUUUACUGUUGAGAUCCUGUUGAAGAUCCUAGGCUAUGCAGACUAUGUCUUCACUAGUAUGUUUACAUUUGAGAUCCUUAUUAAGAUGACGGCAUUUGGAGCGUUCCUACAUAAAGGGGCGUUCUGUAGAAACUACUUCAACCUUUUAGACCUGCUGGUCGUUGGUGUGUCUCUGGUCUCCUUCGGCAUUCAGUCCUCUGCUAUCUCAGUGGUGAAGAUCCUCCGUGUGUUGAGAGUCCUGCGUCCACUCAGGGCCAUCAACAGAGCCAAGGGACUAAAGCAUGUGGUCCAGUGUGUGUUUGUGGCCAUCAGGACCAUCGGCAACAUCAUGAUCGUCACCACACUGCUGCAGUUCAUGUUCGCUUGUAUUGGAGUGCAGCUCUUCAAGGGGAAGUUUUAUCGCUGCACUGAUGACGCCAAGUCCAGCCCAGAAGAGUGCAAAGGUACCUACAUUCUCUACAACAACGGGGAUGCGGCGCUGCCCAUGGUGAAGGAGAGGAUCUGGUACAACAGUGAUUUCAACUUUGACAACGUCCUCAUGGCCAUGAUGGCUCUCUUUACUGUCUCCACCUUUGAAGGAUGGCCAACGCUGUUGUACAAAGCCAUCGACUCUAAUAAAGAGAACAUGGGCCCAAUCUACAACUACCGCAUUGAGAUUUCCAUCUUCUUCAUCAUCUACAUCAUCAUCAUUGCUUUCUUCAUGAUGAACAUCUUUGUCGGUUUCGUUAUCGUCACCUUUCAAGAGCAGGGCGAGAAGGAGUACAAGAACUGCGAGCUGGACAAGAACCAGCGUCAAUGUGUGGAAUAUGCUCUGAAAGCUCGUCCCCUGCGGCGCUACAUCCCCAAAAACCCGUACCAGUACAAGUUCUGGUAUGUGGUCAACUCCACAGGCUUUGAGUACGUCAUGUUCGUCCUAAUCAUUCUCAACACCCUGUGUCUGGCCAUUCAGCACCACGGCCAGUCUCAUCUGUUUAACUAUGCCAUGGACAUCCUCAACAUGGUCUUCACUGGGGUUUUCACAGUGGAGAUGAUCCUCAAACUCAUCGCCUUUAAACCCAGAGGCUAUGUCGGGGACGCCUGGAACGUCUUCGAUGCUCUGGUGGUGAUUGGCAGUGUUGUCGACAUCAUACUCAGCCAGAACUAUUUUGCUGAUGCAUGGAACACGUUUGAUGCCUUAAUUGUUGUGGGUAGCGUGGUUGACAUUGCCAUCACUGAGAUCAAUAACACGGAGGACAGCGCUCGCAUCUCAAUCACCUUCUUCCGCCUGUUCAGAGUGAUGCGAUUGGUCAAACUGCUGAGCAGGGGCGAAGGCAUCAGGACACUGCUGUGGACCUUCAUCAAGUCCUUUCAGGCUCUUCCCUAUGUUGCCCUCCUAAUAGCCAUGCUGUUCUUCAUCUAUGCUGUAAUCGGGAUGCAGGUGUUUGGGAAAAUAGCCAUGGUGGACGGAACACAAAUCAACCGCAACAACAACUUUCAAACCUUUCCUCAAGCUGUCCUGAUGCUCUUCAGAUGUGCCACAGGUGAGGCCUGGCAGGAGAUCAUGCUGGCCUGUCUGCCAGGGAAGCUGUGUGAUCCAGAGUCCGACUACAACCCAGGAGAGGAGAGAACCUGCGGCAGCGGCUUCGCCAUUAUCUACUUCAUUAGCUUCUACAUGCUCUGUGCUUUCCUGAUCAUCAACCUUUUCGUAGCCGUCAUCAUGGAUAACUUCGACUAUCUUACCCGUGAUUGGUCCAUUCUUGGGCCCCAUCACCUGGACGAGUUCAAGAGGAUCUGGUCCGAAUACGACCCUGAAGCCAAGGGCAGGAUUAAGCACCUUGAUGUGGUGACACUGCUGAGGAGAAUCCAGCCACCGCUGGGCUUCGGCAAGCUCUGUCCUCACAGAGUGGCCUGUAAGCGGCUGGUGGCAAUGAACAUGCCCCUCAACAGCGACGGGACUGUCAUGUUUAACGCCACCUUGUUUGCUCUGGUCCGCACUGCUCUCAAGAUUAAGACUGAGGGUAACCUGGAUCAGGCCAAUGAGGAGCUUAGAGCAGUGAUCAAGAAGAUCUGGAAGAGGACCAGCAUGAAGCUGCUGGACCAAGUGGUGCCUCCUGCAGGCGAUGACGAGGUAACAGUGGGGAAGUUCUAUGCCACCUUCCUGAUACAGGACUACUUCAGGAAGUUCAAGAGGCGCAAAGAGCAAGGUCUUGUGGGAAGGCGCUCGUGGGAGAGGCUGAACACCACCAUGGCUCUACAGGCCGGCCUGCGCACACUGCAUGACAUUGGACCAGAGAUCCGCCGAGCCAUAUCAUGUGACCUGCAACAGGAUGGGCUGGUAGAUGCUAGUGGAGAGGAGGAAGAAGAAAUCUACAGGCGCAAUGGCGGCCUUUUUGGGAACCAUGUCAACCACGUCAGUGCAGAUCAGCAGGGCUACUCCCACCCGACCACCGUCACCCAGCGGCCGCUACAGAUCCUGCCCUUCUCCUGCAAUGCCUCAACUGAACACACCCGAACAGGCAGAGGAGCCAGCGAUGACGACAGAGUGGGGGAGACAGAGAUGAACUCCUCGUCCAUCCAACAUAACCAUCAUUAUCACAGCCCUCACCCGUACGAUUAUCCUCACUGUAUUCCCACUUGCCAUCAAUCGCCAAUCCCCUCCAAUGCCAACCUCAACAAUGCCAACGUGCCCUCACUUCUCUCCAUGACCAACGGGAGGCAGCAGAAGUGUUUGUUAAGGCGAGACCGACCGUCCUCUACCAAAAAUGGAUCAUCCAUGUCCACUUACAGCAAAGGAGUCCACGACAAGCUUUGGAAGUCCCACUCCACAAGAACACGCUACUAUGAGGCCUAUAUUAGGUCAGAAAGCGGCAGUGGGCUCUACCCCACCAUUCGCCGAGAGGAGCCGGGGGGCGGGGACAGCAAUGACGACCGAGGUUCGGGAGAGUACUACAGCGGGGAGGAGUUUCACGAAGAUGACAUCAUGCUGACAAGGGACAGGUUGUCCAACAAGGACCAGCAUGAUGUGGAGGAAGACUUUGACCUCGAGGUCUCCAGGGCCGAACACCAGCACGAUAGUUACUAUGAUGAUGACCAACAGCCGAUCUAUGGAGAUAGCAGUAGGCCGUCCAGGAGAUGGUUUUUACCCUCGCCUCAAGCCACCAACAGGCCGACAUUCAGUUUUGAGUGUCUCCGCAGGAAAGGUAGUGAGGAUGAGGCUCCUCCCUCUCCGUCCUGCACAGCUCUUCCUCUACACCUGGUGCAGCAACAGGUGAUGGCGGUGGCCGGUCUCGAUGCCAGCCGAAUUCACCAUUUGUCUCCUGCCCGGUCGCUUCGCUCCUGGGCCACACCUCCUGCUUCCCCCAUCAGCCGUGAUUGCUCGCCCAGCUACACACCACUCAUACAGGUGGACUGGCGCAGCUCCGGCAGCGUGGGCAGCAUCCCCGCAGCAGUAAAGAGGAGUUUGUGGUACACAGACGGCCGGGACGGCUCUCCCAGUCGCAGCCAGUCUCCGUCACGCCUGCAGUUACCUGCAGAGAGCUGCUCACGCUUCUUGCAGAAGAGGGGCAGUGCCAACAGUCUGGUGGAGGCUGUGUUGAUCUCCGAGGGUCUGGGGAAAUACGCCAGGGACCCCAAGUUUGUGUCAGCAACCAAACACGAAAUCGCAGACGCCUGCGAGUUGACCAUCGAUGAGAUGGACAGUGCCGCCAGUAACCUGCUGAAUGGCAGUAUGGACAACAGCAACACUGGGGAAACGGGGAACGACAGUUUGGACCAGCACGCCACUGCGCAUCUUAGAGACCGCAGUAUCCGUGACUACAGUGACGAGGAGCCGUACGUAGCUGUGAAAUGUGAGGAGGACCUAACGGACGAGAUGAUAUGCAUCACAUCGCUAUAGCAGCGGCUCACACAGGAUUAUUUAGGUUUUUUCAAUUUAAUUUCUACUACUGAGGGAUGUCUCUGUUCAAGUGCAUCCUGCAACUGGCAGAAGACGUAAAACACGGAUGGAUAAGAGAACAAAGUGCCUUGUUUUCUCGUUCUGUGGAGUGGAGAAAUGGAUGGAUUCAUGGAAGAGCUGAGAUACUUUCCAGGUCGGCUGUCAUUGAGCGGGGAUUAAGGAUACUUCCUAGAGGUCAUUUUUAAAAAAAAUGUUUUGUCAUUAUUGACAGUGGAGUGAUAGAAUAACCUGGCAGCCUCACAAAAUGAGCCCACAGCUCAUGAAGUUAAUUUCCCAACAACAUCUACAGCUGAAAGCCUGACAGUUUGGUCCUAUACAGGAGGUUAAGAUGCAGUAACGAUAAUGUGAUUUCAUAAAUGUGCAGGCUGUAAGUUCCUUACAUGACAUUUGUAUUGCUCCGUCCUGCAUUCCAUCAGCUUCUAAAUGAAACAGCAACCCUGGCAUUUUGCAGACGCUUUUGUCCAAAGCAACUUACAGUAAUUUAUACAGACAAUCAUGGCGGCACAUCAGGAGCAGUUUUUGGGUUCAGUAUCUUGCACAAGGACACCACGACAUGCAGAUCGAAGCCAGCGCCCUUCCCAUAACAAGACACAGGCUCUAUCCCCGAGCCACAGCUGCACUAUUCCCACACCAUUAACUCAAUAUGAUCAUCACAGAAAUUGCAUCACUGUUCUAAACACUUGCAGACUUCACUGUAAUUGAAACGUACCGCAUCACCACAUACAUGUACUGGAAAGAUGACCUCUGGGAAGCAUCCACCCUGUGGAAGAAGAAGUGACAGAGCGGGUCACAGUGAUGUCAGAGAGUGGAGCUGGCUUUGCAAAGCUGCUUCCAAGAUUUAGAUGAGCUUCAUGUACAUAAAUAAUGUAUGAUUUUAAACUUUAGCGCUGGCAGUUUUGACCUGCUGCUGGUAAUUUUACACUACAUUUUGGCCUCGAAAUAACACAAAAAUGUGAUAAAAGCGUGAUGACCCCCGUGAUCCAAAGCCAUCACAGCCACUGGGUAUGAAUCUGGGAGCUGCUCUGGGCUCACAGUUUGGGGUUUUCAGGGUUAAACGUUGCUUGUCUCAGUACUUGACUUGAAAAAGAAAUCACAUAUCAAUGAAAAAAAAAAAAAAAAGACUUUGUCCUCAGGCAUAUCCCUCUGUGUCAUGCACACGGUGAUAUGACGCAGAGACAAACAUACUGUAAGUCCUUCCCCCUUUACACCAAGUCUCAUUAGACUGACUUGAUUACUUUUAAUGCACUCGAAAUGAAGGCGAAUUUCGGAUGGUACCACAGUGUCACCGACUUGUUUUUCCAUGGUGGCCCUUAACUUUUAUCACGUCCCCUUCAAACUGUGAGGAGACCGUUUCAUUGUAAGAAACUCACUGAGAAUAUGCAAUGAUUCACUUCACUCAGACCUGCUGCCGACCACUUGAACAUGAAGUAAGAGCAUAAAAAGGGUGACAGCAUAGUGGAAAUGUUUAUACCUCUGUAUGACACACACAAAUAAUGAUGUGACGCAUUAGUCUCAUCAGUCUGCUGCGUUAGACUUGUUUUGAAUUCCUCAUCUGUAACGCAAAACAUAAGAAGACAGCCAUGACGAUCCAGAGGAUCCUGACUUGUGGAUGAAACACACAUCUGUCUGCUGUUAGCAUGUUUUAUUGGUAAACUGUUCCUUUGCCUCCGUAAAUCACACGUCACAUCCGAUGGGUCAUCUGGUAAACAGUCACAACACAAAUGUGCUGUUUCUCAACAGUACACAUUGGGAAACUAUUCUUUCCAGAUUUCCUCAACAACAUAUGAAUUCCGUAUGUUGUCGCUGGGUGUAUAUAAUGUGUUUCUGGAAUGAAAGCGUUGAUGUUAGCUGCUGCCUUUUACGUGUGCGAUUUUCUUUUUGUUCCAACACCAGUUUAAGGGCACUAGAUGUCCUGAACAGCUGCUGUCCGCGAAGGUGAGAACUUGACAACCAGCUCGUAGAUAAAAACACUGAGAAGAAGCAACAACCUCUCAGCUGCUCCUCUCGCUCCACCACUGACCAGUGUUUGUCUACCACUGCCAACCGUAAUCAUGUCUUCAGGUCAACUUUUUACACAACAACACCGGCUCGUGGCAAUCUUGUUUCUCUCUCUCUCUCUCUCUCUCUCUCUCUCUCUCUCUCUUUUUUUUUUCCUCAAUCGAAAAACUGUUGUCAGGGCAACAUGUUUGUUCUGUGCAGUCAAAGGGCUCCUUCAGAUGUCAGACCAAAACAAGGGAUCAUUAAGUGCAUUUACACGCACAUCCAAUUCAGAGACUAGUUCAGAUACUGUAUGUCGAUAUCUUUCCAUUUUUCCAUCGAAGAAUAAAGAAACAAGAACAUCAAACUGAUUGUCAAAAUAUUAAGGGAUUAAUUUAAUACAUGACAGCUAAUGGAUUCAUUGUUGCAGCUCUAAACUUGACACCAGAUCUUGUGCACAAUUAUAACAAAAGGCUGAUGCCAAUAUAUAAAAAAGAGACAGUUCUUUGUUGUGUUUGUCGCAUACAGGUAACACAGAUAUAAAGAUGAAUUUAAACUACAGCUGGAUCUGAGCUGGUAUCUGGAAGAUGUACUGUAAAUGCACUCAGUCCUUCUCUCCAGAUACACACAGGUUUCAAUGGCCAAUGAAUUAUGCAUUUUGUAACUGCAUGAACAUUGUUUAAUUAAGACUUUUAACACGUUAUUACCUCUGUAACUAUCCAGGUGUGUUGGUUAACAUGUCAGGGAGACUGUGGCAAAAGGCGCAUCAGCACAAAAUUGGAAAAAAGAUAUUUAAAGUAGUAAUAAUGUCAUAUAAAUUCUGCAGUGAUUCAUCUGAUUGGCACAGACUCUGAGUUAUGAUGGUUAAUGGAAGCAAGCCAUCUGAGUGUCUGACUGACAGAUGAUCUCUCGAAGGUAGUUCACCGAAACUUAAACCAACUGACGAUAAGCAUCAAUAAUCACACAAUUACUGCUUUAAAACGUCUCUUCGUUUUGUGUAAAUACAGCCUGAGAUUCAGUUUUAAAGUUUUGGAAUCUAAUGACAUUUUAGUUUUUCAGAGCACCUCAAGAGCCAUAUUACACACAUGCUGCAAAUCCCUCUGAAACAUGACUCUGGGCAGGUGAUGCACUGUCAGACGGUGGUUUCUCAAUUUCCCAGACCCUCCAGCUCAUGAGUCAGCCAUGUUUUCCACAGCUACUACCGCAGAUUGAUGACAGGGAGAAACUUGUACUAAUUACCAGAUUAAAACCAUUUUUUUUUCAUGACAAGUCAAUUAGUCACAACAGAGACUUACCAGAGAGAAUAAUCAUCUGCGGUUCAUUCACAGCACACUUAUCCAAAUAGACUAAAAUGUAGACGUUUAUCAAAACAAACGUAACAACGACACAAAGCUUUGUUGUGCAACUGACAGCUUUAUUUUUUUGUACUGUUCCACUGCUUUACAGAUGAAAUGAGAACAAUGUAUAAAAUCUGUACAGUUUGUAAAAAGUAAGUGAUGAACUUGAAGAUUUCUGCUUUCUACCCAUUUGUUGUAUUGAAAUUUAAAAAAUAUAGCUCUAUCUACUUUGUAGCACAAGUACUAGUACCUUAUAGAUUUUGUACCAAUGGAAAACAAAAAAACCCUGUUUUGUACAUUUGAAUUCUUGCCUGAAAUGCACCUGCUGAGAUUUUUGUAAGGAUCACUGAAUAAAGUGACGAGGACAAGGUCA